AUGUUUGAUAUACGAACGAUCUCGAUUGAGUUCUGUCUAGCAACUCUUCUUCUUUUAUUAAUCUUUAUUAUAAAUAUUUCUCAUAUACUUUACUUGAUUAUUUAUCAACAUACGAAACAAAUACGACGCGUCCGUUCGAUUCUGAUUAAUUAUUCGUGUUCGUCGUUGAUUGUAUCGAUCUGGUUAAUUCCGUUCUUCUAUUUUCGUUCGAUUUGGUCAACAGAAUCAUUUAUCUGGCGUCUAUGGUCGUUUGCAUUUCAUAUUAUUGAUACCGUUCAAUUAUAUUCACUUCUUCUAUUAAUCACAACGCGUUCAUUUCAACGAAUAUUCAUUUGUUUCAUUUGGAUAACACCAAUCAUUGCCUAUUCGCCAUUAUUAUGGUUAAGUUCACCUUUUCAUCAAGUAGAUUACCUCCCCUAUCGAAGAUUAACUCAAGAUAUUCCAUGGUGGAUUCUCCCGAUUCUUUAUUUCAGUAUGUACUGUCUUCCACUGCUCAUUUCCUUAAUAUUAAGUUGCAUUCAUCUAUGUUGGCCACUAAUAUUAUACUAUUACAAUAAAAAAGAAAAAGCGCAUACACCAUUGUAUGAUAAUUAUGAACAUCAUCAAGAUAUGACUGAAUUAACCAAUCUCGUUAAAACAGUAUUCAAUUUCCAUUUAGAUCAACCGACAAAUAACAUAAAAUGUUCGUCUCUAUAUGUACAGCCAUCAUUACCAUAUAAAAUCAGUCAACAUGAAGCCUUGUUUUUAUUUGAUGAACUUUCAACAUGUUCAUUAAUUCAUACACCGACAAUCAAAACAAAAAAUUGUCUCAAACAACCAUUGAAUUCUUACAUAUUGUUUCUUAUAACUUGUCUUUUAUUCCUUGUUCAUCUACCUUAUGUCUUCUCGUCACUGUUCGAUUUGCGUUCGUUACAAUUAUCCAUAUUUAUAUAUGUACAUUGGUUUGGAACAUUGUUCAUACCAAUGAUACAUAUUCGAUGA